AUGAGCGUGGCACGGCCGUUGAAAUGCCUGCUGUCCAGGCGCCUCGCCUCGGCGGCCGCCAGACCAGCGACGGCGGCACCGCAAUGCUUCGCCGCCUCCUUUCACAGCUCGGCGCCCUUGGAGAAGCGGAAGACGCGGUUCGCCAAUGUGCGCGCCAAGGAGAUGGGCCUGCUCGAUGACGCCGCCGUCGACGAGUUCACCAAGCAGCAGUUCAAGCCCUACAGCCCCGAGGAGCUCGAGAUCCUGAAGAAGCAUUAUACCCCGGAACAGAUGGAGGUCCUCGAGGCCGGCGAGGCGGCGAUAGAUCCCAAGGACCUCACGAUCCAGGGUCGCCUGCGGAGAGAUCCCUACAAGCUGCCGUACCUAGACGACUUCAGCCAGCUCGUGCCCUCCAUCGACAGGGAGCCCAAGAAACACGCGCCGCCGAACCCGAACGCCAGAUGGUUGACAGAGGAGGAGGCCAUGAUCGACCUGCUCAUGGGCCACAGCAAGGACUUGAUGCCAUUGCUGAGGUGGGCCGGCAUUCCGGAAGAGAAGUGGGCCACGAUGCCCGAGGCAGAGAAGAAACAAAUCAAGGCCGAGCUGCAGAAGUUCAUCAAGGAGCACCAGGAGGCCGCCGCCGUUCCCGAGCCCGUCCAGUCGACCAAGACCUUCAUGGAGCGGUCAAUGCUCAACGACAACAAUGCGCCGUCAAACUCGGCCCUGGCGCCGUCGCUAGGGAAGAAAAUUCCCGGCGUGUCGGGCAUGUACAAAAACCCCAUUGACCCGGAGGACCAGGGGCUGGACGAUGAUGGUGUCUACCAGGAGCUCAAGAGACGGACGGGCAUGACGGUUCGCCAGAUGAUGGAUCUUAGCGUCAAGAUCCUGGUCACACGUAUUGUCCACAACCAAACCCGUCUGGGAAAGAUUCGAAGUAUGUGGAUCAUGGCCAUUGCCGGUAACAAGAACGGACGCCUGGGCAUUGGCGAGGCCAAGUCGACAGAGAUUGCCGUCUCGACCAUCAAGGCCAAGCUUCUGGCCAUCAGAAACAUGCAGCCUAUCCGACGAUAUGAGGACAGGACGAUCCACGGAGACGUCGAGGCCAAGGUCGGAGCUACCAUCGUCAGGCUCAAUGCGCGCCCACCAGGUAAGGAUGACUGCCCCCACCACAUCACGUCCAUGUACUUACCUACGCGUCUCGCAGGAUUUGGUCUCCGUGUCCCCGCCCGACUAUUUGAGAUGUUCCGCGCCUGCGGCAUCCACGAUAUUGCCGGACACAUGCCGCGCUCGAGAAACCCGAUGAACUCGGUCAAGGCCACCUUCCAGGCCCUGACGAACCAGAAGGACCCCAACGAGAUCGCCGUCGGAAGGGGUAAGAAGCUCGUCGAUGUACGAAACGUGUACUAUGGAGGCAACGUGUUAUAA